CAGCACUGCAUCUGUCCGCUUUCUUGUCCAGUUUCUCACAUUUUUACAUGAUGUCAUCUACAUGUUAUGGAACACUGGCUUUCUUUUGUGAAUAGGUUUAAGCGAGAGGUGCAGUGACUCUGAUAACGAAUAACAUGCAUAGCCUUCCUCUUGACUGAAGGUUACUUGUCCAACUCCUUUAUUGGAGUAGGUUUGCCUAGCUAGCAACUUUGAGCUGUCCUGGGAAACUCGGGAGCUUCCAUAUGAUGGGGCCAGCGCGUGCAUUACAAGAUUGUACCUUUUAUUCUCCACUAGUGUAACAUGCAGCCACACUGCUGCCACCAACACACCCCGAUAUGCACAUCAAGGUUGCAUGUUUGCUGCAGGAUCAUACGGUUGUAGUGGCUGACUUUGGGCUGGCUCGUGUCAUGAGCGACCCCAGUGUGGCGGGGAUCGGCCGCAGGAGCAGCACUGGUGCCAAGCGUACCUCAGGCGGUGGUGUUGGAGCAGGCAGCAAGCGGCUCGAGCGCAAGAAACGCUACACUGUAGUGGGUAACCCAUAUUGGAUGGCGCCCGAGAUGAUGACCGGGAAACUGUACGACGAGAAGGUGGACCUUUUCUCCUUUGGUAUCGUCCUCUGUGAGAUCAUUGGCAGGGUGCAGGCUGACCCUGACUACUUGCCCCGAAGCAAUGACUUUGGCCUUAACACUGUUGUGUUCAAAGAGAAGUUUUGUGCAAGCUGUCCGGAGCCUUUCUACCGCAUUGCCUUCUUGUGCUGCGACGUUGAUCCAGAAAAAAGGCCACCAUUUGAGCUGCUUCAGAAAUGGCUGGAAGGAAUAUCUCUGCACCUUAUAGUGGACAGCCCCCUUCCCAAAGAACUAAUGAGGGACAUAAUUAACUACCAGGGUGCAGUUGUGACCAGCACAGACUCGACACCCGAGUCCAUGACACCGCCUGAGUGCCGACGGUCUCCCCUGAGAACCAUCAGUGAGCAGGCAUUGGAUUCGCCACGGUCAUCACUGGAGCUGGACUAAAUUGCUGCACUCUGGUACUUCACCCCAGUGUUUCAUCAUAGUGCUCACUUUAGCUCUGUACAUCAUAAGUGUUUGUGGAACUGAACUAUAGAUAUGUUGUGUGCUUUGCCCGUGCAAAAAUGUCUGUUUUCUGAGAUAGUGGAAGGCUGACCAUGGGCGUCAGUUAAUUGAAUGAUGUGCCCUUCUAUGUUUCUUUUUUUUUAACUGUUGCCUCAUGUUUUUGAUGAGUUUGUGCAGGAUGCGUAUAUUCAGUUAGGAUGUAUUUGUUGUCUUCAUUCUUAGCUUGGUUAUCCUUUGCAUCACAGUGAUGCAUGGCAAUUAAGCAAGAAUGUAUGAGGCAAGUGUUGUCCAUGCAUGUUUCAAAUGACAACCAAACAUAAAACUAGACUUAUUCAGUUUGACAAAUGGACACCUUCUUAAACACAGCUGUCAUAGAUUUACCAAUGUUAUGACUUCCCGCUGCCCAACCAGUGCUGCAGUGCCAUUUUUAACUGGAUGAGUUGGUACAAGUUCACAGAAACGGGAAAACACAAAACCACAACGGACAGAGAGAGAAGUUACAAGUUCUGAACACCGAAUCCCUGUACUUCUCUUGUGCCUUUGCAGUGCUUUUUUUUUUUUUUUUUAAAGCAGUACUGUCAGAUACCAGCAUAAAAGAAUUCGUUGAAGUUGCUCCUACAACAUAGCUUUGAGCGCCAGACAGCUAAUGCAUGAAAAUUUCUACUUCACCAAACAUUUUAUGGGGUUGACACUAAAUUUUAUAUUCUUUCGAAAACUGUACAACCAAAGAUCAUUUGUCUUAGUGUUGUUGCCAUUAUGGUAAUUCACAAUGCAAAAUGGAAGAAAAUGCCUACGUGUAGCAGUUGCUAUUGUGAGGAACACUUUGAUAGUGGUGAUGUCAUUUGUUGCAGUAACCAAAAACAAAUUAUGGUAAUAAGCAAGCAUUUAUGGAAUCAUGCAAGAUCAUUGAAAUGGUGAAAUGCUGUCACAUAGAGAAGUUACUGCAUUGUGGGUAACUUCAAAUAAGAAUCUGUCAAGAUUGUUAGUCGCACUGUUAAGUAUGGCACUGAGUGAAAUGCACGUGGUCAUACAUGCACGAAGGUGGGAGCCUGUGGUUUCUUUCACUUGUGUGUGCUUUCCACUUGUGCCAUACUUAACCUUAACACUGUGUGAAGGCCAAGAAUGGCAAAGCAAGCUUCUUUGGGACAGGUGAGCUGGAGUAAAAAAUGAUUGCUCUUUUUCAUCAAACAUUCUACCAGAAAAGCUGAACUGUGCAAGAACAAUGCAAAAAGGCACCUGCAAUGACAUUUCUCAAUAGAGCCAGUAUGCUAGCCACAUGGUGCUUGCUUGGUCCAAUUGCUAAUAGUAUUUUUCGUUGUGCACAGUGGCAGUGUAAUCAUAAAAUGGAUCGCUUACAGGACAUGAGGAGGUGAAACAGCCAGCCUGAAAUAUCUUGCCAUUUACCAGUAGGUUUGAUAUGUAGUUUUUAGUAACUUUUCGUGUAGACUGAUUUCACACUUCCUCCUUGCCCUUUGAAAUUCCUUUAGCAAGGCCCACCUGCUGUGAUAGUUCAUUGUCAUCUUGUUGCUGCCUUUAAAGUGUCUUAACAUGUACCGAUAGCUUCUCUAGCGAAGUCAUCUUAUUCACCAUAGGCAAUCUUUCAUCUCCUCUGUGUUGUGGCUGAACCAAAUUAGACUACUUGUAAUUAUAGCACUAUAUAGCUUAAUUUCGCUGGAAAACCCACACUAAAAAUGCAAAAAAUUUUCCAGUAAAGUCGGGGUUCAGGUUGUAUGCGAAUUUCACCUCGAGGUGCGACUUCACGGCAAAUACGUGACAUGGCCAGGCACCUUGGGCUUGCACUUAUAACUUGUGUCAAAAAAUGUUAACGUUUUAAGCUUUGUGAGCCUCUUGGUUUAAAAUAGCACAGCAAUGAACCUUUUUUGUAAUGACCAGGAUGUGCCGUGCAUAUAAGUCAUCAGUUAUUUUCAUAUAUUACAGAAAUAGCACUUUGUAUGUGGCUUUCCCAGCAAUAUUGAGAACAUUUAAUGAAAAGCAGCUACUUGAAAACAAGCCUUUCCUUUUCUUUUUUUUUUAAUGCAUUAGAAACUGCAUUUUGUGCUGAUCACAUGUUAUUAUAAACGAAUUUUAAUGUUGAAAGGGAUAUGUUCCUUCAGAAAGUACAAUUGUUGCAGGAAAGUUAUUAAAAAAAAAAAAGUGGUCCAGUACUUAAAAGGCAUACAGUGGAAUCUCGUUGAUACGAUCUUCAGGGGAACCGGAGUGUAUCAUCAGAAAGUCGUAUCAUUGAAUGUAUUAUCGAUUGAAAUCGUAUUAUCGAGAAAAGAAAAUAAAUUUUGUCAUCACGAAAUACGUAUUACGCAGAAUCUUAUCAUCGAGGUUCCACUGUAUUUCAUUGGUUUUUAUUAUAUAUGAAUUUUGAUGUUGAAAGGGGUAUCUGCAACUUCAUUCAGAGGUUAGAAUUGUUGUAGGAAACUUGGUAAAAAAAAAAGUGGUCCAUUACUUAAAAAGAAAUAACUUAUUGAAUGCACUGCAGGGCCCAUGGUCGCCAUCUGUGUGCGCAAGAGUCGCAACCGCUGGUAUUUCAAUGCCAUGCCACAGAUUACCUUUGUUGUUCAGCAGAAAUGAAUAACUUGAUCAUGUCUUCCCAGUUUACAGCCAUAUUUGGCAUAUGGUUGAAUAUCCACCUAUUGAACACCCAAAUUAAUUGUAUAGAUAUUAGUUAUGUUUUGUGGUAAGUCAAAAAUAAUGUAUUGAAUUUCAUUGUGUUUAAGCACCAUGUGGUGCUACUUGAAACCAUCUGUAGUACUGCCACAUCAUGCGCUUUACGGCAAGUUUUCUUAGAUUGUAUUUUAUUGUGUCUCAUUUAAUAUUAGCCUGUGAAGAAACAUUCUGCAGCAGUCCAUUUAUUUGGUACUCUCUGUUUGUUUUUAGUUAGAGAAAUGGCUAUAUAAAUAAAAAAGGAAUUUUUUUAAGUACUAUUAGAAAUUUACACUUCACAAAUAGCAUAUUUGCUGUAUUAGGCCAGCUCUUGAGUUCUCAUGUGUGUGAACCACCAGAUACAAAUACAGAAAAACAAAUGAGGCAAUUUGAGUGCAUCUUUCAACGUAUAUAGAUGGGCUUUUCUGUCACGGUCAAAUAAAUAUUCAGCAAGUUUAAAUGCCUUCCAUACUAAGUGUACUUGGGAGACAUCUCUUAUAUUUUACAACUAUGUGUAAAACGCCAAUAGGUGAUUUCAUUGUAGUUUUCCGUGUGCACUGUUUACAUUCAUUUCAUUUGGGACCACUGUUCUUCUCCGUGCAUUCCACAUUUUUACAGCUGUUGGUAAACAACAUUAUACAUAACGCUAGAGGUGUAUUUGAUGCACUCACACUGUUUUUAUACAUGCCUGUUCAUGCACUUUUUUUUGUGUGUGUGUGCUUUGUGUAUGGUGUAUGGAUGAAAUUCUUGACCCCAUGUGCUUGGCUAGCUGGUAUAGAAUUGUGCGUUGGAGGCUCAAGCUUUUGUGCAGAGGCUUUAAUUCACAAGGUGCACAUGAAGCACUUUGGUUGGAUGAAUUGGUUUGAACAUAUUGCUAAAUAAAAUGCAAUAUAGAAGUAUGCUUCUAUAUUAAAUUUGAUUGUAAAGGAAAGGUGCAUUUCCUUGUACCACUCUUUGUUUGUACUAAUUGAUUAAUUCCAUUUAGUGCAUGCAUUGGGGACUUGCGGACGAGAAGCAAUGACUGAGAUGGUAGCGCUUUUAAGGUUCCCCUCUUCUGAAACUGCAAUUGAUACAGAGAAUGUACUCAGUCACACCUUAAGGGGGGAUGUGGGGCUAAAAUAGCAAUUUUUGACAGACUAACACAUUGUCUAAUUUUGUUUAUUUUGGAUUUAUAGAUGUAAAAAGAAGCUCAUCACCAACCUUGGUUGCAAUCUGCGCUGUAGAAAACAAAAAAAUGAAUUCUCUUCUAGUGACGGUAACGCGCGCUCGCUGUCAAGAGUGCCCAUGAAUGCUGUGCUCAAGACAUGGCUGCAGAGCAGGCGAGAAACCACACACUGAGUGAAUGCCCGCAUUAGAAAGUUAGUUUAUCGCGCAUUUUAAUCAUGGGAGACCUUCCAUCAAGAAUGCAGCAAAAUAAGAACUAAAAAUGCAAGGCAUUCUGGCUGGGUGGCUGUCUACGAGCACAGUCAAGGGCAUUGGACUGCUCUGAAGAUCAAAAAAAGAAAGUGACGAUUUGAAGCAAUUGCCGCAGAGCAGGUUUGAAUUGAAAAGGAGGGUCCAACCGAUGGGGCAGGGCACGUCAAUUCAUUAAUUUUGGUCUUAAAGUAAAAUAGCGCGUUCUGAAACCUCUGAACUCAUUUUUCUCGGCGCUUUUUGGCUGAACAAAACCUUCAGGAAAACUAUCAUUUCCAAACUGCUUUGCCAAAACUUGCUUUUAAAGUAGUUUCUGGGCUGAAAUUUUGUCAGCAACAAGAUGAGAUACUUUUUAUAUUUAAACAUUUUUAUUAACACAAGGGAUUAUUACAUUUCUGACAUAUAAUGACAAUGCAAAAAAAUUGAACUUAGCCUCAAAGUGAUAACAUCGUUAAGAAAUGCAAUUUAAGAAACGCUACUGGCCUUAUCUCUCACUAUAAACCCCCCUAGAAGCUAUAUAACAAAAACAGUGUGUCUUCAUUUUUCUGAAAUGAUAGUUUUCCUAAGGUCACAUGUCUAAUUGAUCCAUAUGACAGCCAUAACUUCUUUUCUAUUUUAUCUGUAUUAAUGAAAUGUAGAAUAUAUAGUUAAAACAAGAAGAUAGCUGAUACAUAAACCUAUAAUUUUUCAUAAAUAUCCGUGCAACGGUUCAAAAGUUAAUUUUCAGCCCCGCAUCCCCCCCUUAAAGAGACAGUAAGGAGCAGCAAUCAAUUGGUCAGGACUGGUUAAGUAUUGUUUCAAAGCCCUAUUUUUAUUCAUAUGGCAGCAAUGGUUUAUUAUUGGAGAAAAUGAGGUCUGAACUUCUCUUUUGCAAAUUUUGCAUGUAAACCUCGAAGUUUGAGGUAUAUUAUCAAAUUUGGGCCGUUUGGUGCAACUUUUUGAAAUGUUCUGGGUUGCGACCUUUGGUCACUUUAGAAUGCAGUGUAGUCCCACUUUAUUGAUAAACAAUUAACUAGACCCAACCUAUGCUAUCAAAAUCACCGCCACCAUUGCAAGCUCGUGCGGGAAUAGCUAGAUGGUAUUGCCACACAUCUUGCGUUCUCAUCUCUUGUGACUUUCAAGUGGCUGCUUUUCCAUCACAGAAAUGUUGUUCACUAAUACAGCUUACUUACUUAAUAGACAGUCCAUCAAAGUAUAGUAAAGUUGGUGUAGCUGAAUCAAUCAUCUGACAUGACUGUAUCUCAUAAUAAUUUUGUUAGCAGUUUUGCAUCUUUUUGCUUGCUUUCUGUUUUGCUUUCUGGAACUACAGUGAUCAUCAAAGGUUUAAGAUAUAUGGCAUGACAACAGCUACCAACAUGCGUCUGCUUCUGUGCAAAAGUGAGAGCCGGCCAGCUAUGUAUUGUGAGUUUGCACAUUUUGUGGGGCUGAAUUUUGUUUGAAUUUCGAAAAAGUUGCCAAAGAGUCUGAUGGGUAUGGUACCUGGGGUUUUAUCUUGCUUACCUGGUACCUGGUGAUUACUCUUGCUUGACUGUGUUGAAUUGUGUAAUCUAUUCCAGAUUUUAGCACGUGCAAAAAAUCAAAACCUGCACCCUGUAAAGAAGAGCUUAUUUAUUCUGGUGCACAACUUGUUCAGUCUUUUUCUUUCACAUUCUUUAUACAAUAUUUACCCUGUGCCUCUAUGUACAUACAUAUAGCAUUUAACUUAUUUACAUUGUAAAGGGCUUGUUUUGUCGCAUUCCUCUUCCAUGUCACAUAGUCACAUUAUUGCGUUUUUAUAGAUGUUGUGCACGUCAGCUUGAUGUCACCUUUUCUUUUUUCUUGUCGUGGAAUAUCUAGCUUGCACUUUUUUUGUUGCAGUAAUAUUUUAGGCCAAGUUAUAAGUAGUAUUCAAAAAUUUUUUCUUGGUUAGUGCAAGCUGGCUUAAGUUAUUUAAAAAAUGAGCAUGUUUCCUCGCACUGUUUAGCCACAUUAAGUUAAUAUUGACUAGCUCAACUUUCAAUGCUUCUACAGCUGUUUAUCCACCCACCUGUUUUUUUCUCCAAGGACAUAAUUAAAAUUUGCCUUUCUGGGGUGCUCCUGGCAUAUCAUGGAUACUUUCAUGCUAGGCCAAAUAGUGGUGUCGAGGCAGCUAUGCUUUAUGAUAACCUGUGCCUAAAUGAGAGCUUGACUGCAUAAAAUGCUAUUCAGAAAACAAUUUCCAUCAAAUCCCACAUUGUGGAGAAGAUAAAUUCAGAAAAGUUUUUUGUUUUUGCUUAGAAGCCAUUUGUUAUUUGUGGAUGGCAACUUUUCCUAUUUAUGCAUCAGUGCCCGUAUUAAGGGAUUUUGCAGGGCUUAAUUGGUGUUUCAGCUUCAAGUGCUUCAGUUGGAGAGAUUGGUUUUUCCUUGUGCAGCCAGCUGCUAGCCUCCUUAUUGGCUCAUUUAGAGUAGCAACUUCUAUGGGCCGAGAUAUUAUUCCCAAACAGGGAUGAAAUUUUCUUCAACUUCACUGUUUCUUUUUGAGUUACAUAUUUUGUUGUUCAGCUUAAGCAGUUGAUUCAAUACCUGUUUAGAUAAAUGGAAGAAAAAUGUUACAGGUGAAAUAUCUGUAGCUGUGUAAAAAAUAAAGCUAGCCAUUUAAUUAAAUAGGUGACGGAGCAUAACUGUAAUAUACCGUAAGUGUUAGGAAUUCAUUGGAGAUUUUGCAUUGAUGGUGCUGUUGAAACGGUAUGCAAGAUUUGUGCAAUUCUGCCAGAUACCAUGCUGGCCUGAUUAUUUCAUGAUGCAGUAUGGUUAACUGAAUGUCACACUUCUGUUCACUUAGUUUCUGCCUGUAAAAUAAAGAUUUUAUAAAAUGCCUUA